UAGCUGUAGAAGUAGCAGAGACCGCAGCAGGUGAACUGACAUAGUGAAGCAACCAAGAUAAACAAGACUGAAAGUUGCUCAACUAUUUAGAGAUGACUUUAUUUUCAUUUUGAAGCAUCAGUUAUUUUAUUUGAGUGCGAUAAAGCAGACAGACUGGCUUGCAGGGUCAAGCAGUAAAUGUUGUUUUCAGUUUCAGAAUUGUGACAGCUGUCUUCCUUGAUGUAUCAACUGAAGCAGAAACUGGUUAUGACUCUCUAAAUAUUCACUGUGAAUAUCGGUCCCAGCUCCCUUACCUCCUUCCCUCCCCCCCCUCCCUUCCGUAAUCACCAAAUGGGAGCACUGGAUGCUUGUUCAUGCGCUGACAUCCGACACACAAUGUUGAAUGGGACCGAGACUCAGGAAUUUGGAAAGGAAAGUGAGAACCAACAGACAAAGGACUUGCAAGAUCUGAAGAUGGGCAUGCAGGAAAGACUUUAUUACCAGGUGCCAAGCCAGGCAGGCCCAGAGAGCUGCUCUCCGAACUUGCCUUAUGCCAGCCAAAGUGUACAAGGAUAUGGAGUGCCAAGCCCUUCAAGGUUUUUGACACAGUCUUUAAGCACAGGUUCCUAUAAUCCAGUACGUCCUCAGGUCACAGGAGGUCAGGGGUACAGUGGCCCUGGAGUGGAAACUCUUGCCCCAGGAAGUGACAUGUAUUCUAGCAGUGGAGACAGCUAUCCAACUACAGUUCCACACAUGCUUUCACGGACUCCCUUAUAUCCAGUGCCAGGAUACCAAGUUUCUGGGAAAAUUCAAGUUCUGCUGAAUAACCAUGCCCUUUGGGCCAAAUUUCAUAAGUAUCAGACAGAAAUGAUUAUCACAAAGCAAGGAAGGAGGAUGUUUCCCUAUCUGAGCUUCAACAUAACUGGCUUAGAUCCAGCAUCCCAUUACAGCAUCUCUGUCGAUAUUAUUUUAGCAGAUCAACACCACUGGAGAUAUCAGGGUGGAAAGUGGGUCCAAUGUGGGAAGGCAGAAGGAAACAUGCCAGGUAACAGGAACUAUGUUCAUCCAGACUCUCCCAAUACAGGUGCACACUGGAUGAGGCAAGAGAUUUCUUUUGGCAAGCUGAAGCUAACCAACAAUAAGGGUGCAUCGAAUAAUGUCAGCCAGAUGGUUGUUUUGCAGUCACUGCACAAAUAUCAGCCACGUUUGCACAUCACAGAGGUAAAAGAAGGUGAAUCAGAUGAGCCUUUUCAAUCUUCCAAAACUCAAACAUUCAUCUUUCCAGAGACCCAGUUCAUUGCAGUUACAGCUUAUCAGAAUGCAGAUAUUACUCAGCUGAAAAUAGAUCACAACCCCUUUGCAAAAGGUUUCAGAGACAACUUUGACCCGGUGUACAUGACAGCAGAGGGAGAAAGGUUCACUCCUUCCCCAAAGGACACUGCAGCCUGUCAACAGCUAAUGCCACCUGCCCGCUACCAGCCUUUUCUGCAUGAGCAAUAUAUCAACCCCCUGCCCCAGGGUCGUUUCUACAAUGGAGACAGAAGUACACCACAUGCUGUCCAGCACAAAGACACCAUCAGUAAUCCUCACUGUUGGUAUUUUGCAUCACAGCAGGCCACACCUGCUCCACUGGACCACAACUCCUAUGAAGCUGACUACACGGCAAACAGAUUUAUGCCCUACGGGGUCAAGACUUUCUCCCUACAAACCGCACCCCCCCAUCAUCUUGGAUACUACCAGGAUCCUCAUUUCAGCACCACUGGAGGAUGGGGAACCCCAAGAAGCACAACCCAAUACCAUCCAAGAGCUUCCACUAGCCCUCUGGCCUGGUACAGGCCAGUAAGAGACUUGCAAGCACCUCUACCAGUUGGUGAUCAAAAAGGCAAAGAAAGUGAGGAACCAUCACCGUGGCUCCAACUACAUACAGCAAAGCCAACCGACUCAUCUGAAGGGACCCUAUAUGAAACAGUGUGUAAACGGAAGAGGGUCUCACCUUAUGCUUCUAGUACAGAAAGCUCACCACCCACUCGUAGUGGAGACCAUUAUGAGAAAGACAGUGGAAGUGACACAGGCUACUACAGCUUUUAUGGCAACUGAACAAUUUUUGCUAUAAACUUUUUUUUUCAUAAUUUAAUUGAGAUGAGCCUCUCAUUGGGCUAUAUUGCUUCCAGACUGCUUGUUUUUAUUUGAACUGAAGAAAACGGGUUAUAAAUGGUCUGAAAGGCCAUCAUUUGCUCCAGCAGCACAUUUUCACAUUUGCAAAGAUUUCUGAGGGUCAUAUGAUAACAUGCUGUGGUGGUAAACAUCUUCGGGCAAAUGCUCACUCCAACCCAUGGCAAAUGUGUACAUUUGAUAUGCUUCCUCCAAGCAUCUUUUUUUCAUGUGUGUGUGUGUGUGUGUGUGUGUGUGUGUGUGUGUCUGUGUGUAUGAGUUAGGAUUGUGUCGGAUGCAACUGCAAACACAGAUAUAUAGACAGACAGACAAACACACACACACACACACACACACACACACACACACACACACACACACACACACACACACACACAUAUUUCAUAUAAACCUGAAAUCAUAAGUGUGUAAAUACAGAAGUGUCAAUAGACACAAUAAUAGGGUUAUAAGCUGGACAAAUAAAAAACGGGGUAAAUACUGUUGCCACAUAGCGCUUUGUUCUCUGGUUUGAUUCCCAGCUGAGGUGUCUUUGUGUGGCUUUUGCACUUCUUUAUUAUACCUACUUGGGUUUUCACUGAAGCUCUGGCUACCUCCCAGAUCCCAAAGAUAUACAGUUAGAUCAACUGGUGAUCCUCUUAAAUCUAAACUUGACUAUAGAAGUGUGUGUGUGUGUGUGUGUGUGUGUGUGUGUGUGUGUGUGUGUGUGUGUGUGUGUGUGUGUGUGUGUGUGUGUGUACAUACACAUCCUGUGAUAGACUGAUAUUCGUAGUUUGCCUACAUCUGUUGCUUGCUGGGACAAGCUCAGACUUCCCAUUGCCCUGAAAAGAAUAAAUCAGGUAUUGGAGAAUGAAUGAAAAACAUCCUAGAGUAAUUAAGGGGCAGUGCUUAAGGGGCACUCAGCCCACUUAUAUGCCCUUUUUCCCAGCUUAAAAGUCAUGUUAUGUCAAGCCCAUGCAUUCCCAAAUUCUAUUAUUGUUUUUGGUGUUACCAUUUCUUCAGGAAGGCUGUUUCAAUAAUCUUAGGCUGGUCUAAAGCACAAAGCUGGAAGUCGACAACUCUACAGAAAGAAGGGAUGGGGAAAUAGUGGUUAGUCUAUCUUGAGCAAAAGUUUAGCAUCAACCAUUCUGAUGACGUCGCUGGUUAUAUUCUGAUGAAAGAGCUUAAUAAACUUUUAGUGUGAUCUAUCUUUUCUCUUCAUUGUGCAUGGAUUGCUGACUUGUGAACAGUUGGUGUUUCAUUAGUUUGAAUACGUUUUCAUUGCUGGUUCAAAAGUUUAGCAUGCCAACAAGAAAAAGAAAAAAAUAAACAUUCUGGUUUCUGGUUCCACAAACUCUGAAACCAUUUAGCCCCAGUGCAGUUUAUGCAUGAAUCCUGUAGUAUAAAUAAAAAGGAUACAAAGACAGAGGUUGGGUACUAGAGAGGAGUGGACUUCAAUCUAUAAGGAUGUACAGUGAGAAGUCGUAUAGAAGGAUAGCGCAAAUAACAACACCAUAUGAAAUGGGGGGGACAACAGGGGAUUAAAGGGUGCUAUAUAUCCUCUAUGAGGCAAAGGAAAUAGGCAUAAAAAAGGAAACUGCACAUAAACCGUUAAAAGAUGGCUCAGAGCUCUGGGCAUGUGCACAGUGGAUGAGAGGGGUAUACAGGAAAAGAACAUGGUAACAAAAGAAAGAGGCUGCUUCAGGGGAGGGAGGGAGUUGUUAAAGAAGAGCCACUGGGGAAAAAGGAGAGGAAGAGCGCAAGAGAACAGUGGCAAGGGAUAUAGACAAGGAGAAUGGCAAGCAUGGUAUGGGAAGCCAAGAAGGGAUGAGGAAGAAUAUCAAGGCCAUUAUAAACACUUGGCAGAAAGAAAGUAGUGACACAGAGAGGGUAGAGACAUCAGAGCGAAGCCUAUGAAGACAUAGUAAUGUGGAAUGAACUAAAGAAAUGGCUGGGAAGACUAUAAGAACAGGAAAUAGGUGCACAUAUAUAUAUAUAUGGGUUCCUAUUAUGUUGUCGAAACUAUAAAACUUUGAACACUACAAGAUCAAACUUGUAUGUUCGAAGUUUUAUAAUUUGGAACAACGAAAAAAUAAAUAAAAAACAAUAAAC